UUUUUAUUCCGCCACAGCUCGAAACAUUCUUUCCUACAAGCCGAAAAACCUCCAUUCAGAUCCUAUAAACAUGUCGUGAUUAGUUUUUAUUUGCAUUUAGCUUAAUUUAAAAAAAAAAAUAUGACGUGGAUUUUGAACCGACUUCACAUCUCGUAUGCUUUGUUAUUUAUGUUUUGUCAUUCUGAUGUUUUGAGGUUUUCGUCUGUGACCGCACAAGAUCAUGAUGACUCACUGGAGGUUAUGCUAUCAGAGGAUGCACUGCCUGACUUGGAGAACAGCCCCAAGUUUGUGGAGUCAGAAGACCUGGACUCUCUGCCGAAGAGGCAGUUCAAGACAGCUGAGAUUGCAGAUGCUGUGAUGGGAACAGAAACCCCCAUUGAUCCGUCUGACAUCGAGUCACUAUUCCCAAAAAAUGUGAAAGACUUUCAGUCGGGCUUCUCCCCACCCUGUGAUGAGAACAGUGCCCAGUGUGUUUCACCUGCUCUGGCUGAUAAAGGAGCAUCACUGGAGGAGAAUAAUGAUGAACCAUCACAACAGAUCACUCUUGACAUAGUGCGGGCGGAGCCAACUGAGGAGCAGAACACCACAGAGACCGCCAAGACGUACAAGGUGAACUGUGAUAAGAGGAACAUCACAGGAAUGGACAAUUUCACUGUGCAGGUCCUCAACGCUUCACAGGAUCUGAUGGAGUUUCUGAACGCUAACAGCACAGAGUGCUCCGUGGUUCUGUUCUUCACUGCUUGGUGCCAGUUUUCAGCCAGCCUCGCACCUCACUUCAAUGCCCUGCCCCGAGUCUUUCCCAGCAUGCACUUCCUGGCACUGGAUGCCUCGCAGCACAGCAGCCUCUCCACAAGGUUUGGGACCGUGGCAGUGCCAAACAUCCUGCUGUUCCAGGGGGCCAAACCCAUGGCUCGCUUCAACCACACUGACCGAACGGUGGAGACGCUCACCUCCUUCAUUGCUAACCAGACAGGGUUUGAAGCCGGCACCGACAGAAUCGUGUCAGAAGCAGAUUGCCUGGGCCCCCUCCCCAGCGUGCCUGUGAGGAGCAUCGAUUGGCUGCUGGUCUUCUCUGUCCUCUUCAUCACAGGCUUCACUGUGUACGCGAUCCUGCGGACUGACAGCAUCCGCUGGCUCAUACCAGGACAGGAGCACGAGCAUCAGGACUGAAAACACACAGACUGCAAGUCACUGGAUGCAAACAUCAUCAACAUCAUCAUCAUUUGUUAUUAAAAUUAACAGUUGCUAAUUUGCUUAUGCUUCAGGUGUGUGAUGAACAAAUAAAUGUAUGUGAGCCAUUGUGAUUUGUAAUAAAGACUAUAAUGAUUUGUA